CAUGCUUGAAUUGUGGCAGCGACUAUUAGAGAUUGGCUCCAUAAAAGCAGGGCCAUGUUGCAUGACAUGUCCCCCCUGAAUACGCUUAACUCCUCCUCUUCUACAAUUCUCUCUAUUGAAACGACUCUACCCUUCAUAUCAAGGAAGAUUGUGUAAGAGUAGGAAAAAGAACAAGAUGUUCUUUCAGAGGAAGAACUCAAAGAAAGUCAAAGACUCUGAAGGAUCACAGAAGAAGGGAAAACAUGGCCGUGGGAAGAAGAAUGAUGCCGAAAUGGCGACUGAGAAGCUUCAAGCGAAAGAAGAACUCGGAAGUCAUUCCGACGCCAGCCGUUCAAAGGAACUAGAGCAAGGAAGCGAAGAACAGGGAAACAAGGACAUGGAUGCUUUCAGUUCAGUGAUGGACAAGGUGAAGAGCCACCCAGAAGUGAUGGAAAAGGUCAGUGCAGUGAUGGACAAGGUGAAGAGCCACCCAGAAGUGGUGGAAAAGGUCAAGGACGAGGUGAAGAGCCUUGCUGAUGCUCUCCAUCUGCGGAGACAUGGCAAAGAUAAAGAACCUGAGUCUGAAGAGAAGGCAGAAGAAGGCGAGGUGGCGCAGAGCGUCGAUGAGAGUGCCUCUGCUGACAAGACUGAAGAACCUAAUGUGUUGGAGCAAGCAGUAGAAGAGAUUCAGGCUGUCGCCACAGCUUUGCAGCAGCAGGCAGCCCCAGCAGCUGAAACUGAAACUGAAAUUCCAGUUGAGACUGCUGCUGCUGCUGAAACUUCAGCUGCAGGAGACAAGCCUGAAGAAACAAACAGGGGGGAGGUGGAGAAAGAUGACCCGAAGAAGCGGCUCGAUUUCGCUGGGUUCUUCGCCAUGCUGUUUGAGAGGUUCUGCUCCCCGGGCAACAAGAAGAAAGAUUAACUGAUUGCAGAUCAGCUGUGGAUUUCUGGUUUUGUGAUAUUGGACUUGGAAAUUACAUGGGGAGUGCAUGGGAUUGUGGGUGCCUGGGUGGUGUACAGUCUGCGGUUGUGUUCUCUUAUCUUAAGAAAAAUCUCUAUUGAUUUUUACUAUCAUCUGUGAUGAUGGGGCAAUGGCUACAUUUUAUAUGAUGUAAUUAUUGUCACCCUUGUGGAUUGAUUUAAUUUAUGUGAACACAAUUGGUUUAUUUUUGGUUAAGAUAAUACAGUGUGUGUGUGUGUGAA